AGACUCAGUGUAAGAGAGGCGUCGGUGGAGGACGCAGUGGUGACGAACUCUUUCGAAAAGUGAGAAAAAGAGCGGUGUAAUACGAGGGAGGAGAAUCGAGAGUGUAAAAAAAGCAGAGGGAGAAAAAGGAGGCAGAAAGAGGGGAGGGGAGGCGUACACCGACGUCCGAACGAUCUCUCACGAACGAACGAUCGACUGAAAUUACUUUUUUUCUUAUAUCGAGUCUCCCUAAAUCCUUCAUAACCCCCAUAAAAAACGAGAUCACUCGUCUUUUUUCCCCUUCAAUCCCAUCUCCCAAGUUCCCUUAUAAAAUUUUUCUUUCCUUUGCCAUUUUUCUUAUUACGUCUUAUUCUUUUUUUUUUUCUUUUUUUUCUUUUCAUUUAUUUAAUAAUUUCUUUCGACGACGAAACGAAUAAUUGAACGAAAUAUACCGAUACCUCGAGCUAUGGCAGCCACCGCCAUGGAUCCAGUCGACAUUGCUAAUAUCCUCGCGCAGGAACUGCUUUAUCAGCAGCUUGUUUCCCUGGACGGUCUGCACAGCGGAGUGCCGACCAGGACGACGCCGACGUUGACGCCGACGACGCUCCGGAGUAUCGAACAGACUUUUCUGGAGCUGACCAGUGAGUCAGCGUCGCACAGUCGCGAAGCAGGGUUCGUCCCACCGUUGGUGGAACCUUCGCAACCGACGCCGGCACAAACGCAAAACACGGCGGCGCAUCACGUUGUCACCACCACCGUCGCCGCCCCUGUGGCCACCAACACCACCCUCGUGGACAGUCAACAGACGCAGCCACAGCAGCCGCAGCAGUCGCAACAGCCGCAGCAGCCAGCGAGGCGCAAUAUGGGCGGUAGGAGGCCCACCAGGACGAUCGGGAUGACUCCCGAGGAGGAAGAGAGACGACAGAUCCGCAGAGAAAGGAAUAAAAUGGCAGCAGCUAGAUGUCGCAAGCGUAGAAUGGAUCACACCAAUGCCCUGUUAGAAGAGACUGAGGGUUUGGAACAGAAGAAACAGAGUUUGCAAGAAGAGAUACAACAGCUGCAACAGGCCAAAGACGAGCUCGAGUUCAUCCUGGAGGCUCACAGAGCAGUCUGCCGACUUCGUUCCGCGUCUCCUCCGGAUGUGAAGCCCGUGAUUACCGAUGAGCGUUCGAAUCUUAAUUUCGAACCGAUUCGAAGUUUUUCAAUACUGUGAAAAUUCGAAUCCUUCGAGCAUGAUUCGAUACUUAAAACCCUUGAAACUCUCGAUAAAUCUUGAAUCUUGAAUCUUGGUGAUUCUAUUUUCUAUUCGAUUCUUCGAAGGUUCGAGAGGAUAUUUUUUUUUUUUUUUUUUAAGAUUUAUCAGGACUUUCAAGAGUCUUUAACUAUCGGAUCAUGUUCGAAGCAAUUCAAUGUUUUCACCACGUGUAUAUAAUUCGAAGCGAUUCGAAAGCGUUUCAAAGCGCAUCACUACCCGUGAUGUAGGAUCGGGAUCUCCAUACCUAGCAAAAAACAAGGAGCAAUAACAACGAGGAGGAAAAAAGAUUAAAAGGCUUUUUUGCCUUAUCUCCCCUCGAUUCUUACGUUUUGACGGCCAAAUCCGGAGGUAUGGAAGCAUCUACGACUACACGAGGCAGCGACGAUGAUGACGAAAUUAAAGAAGGAUUAAUUAAAAAAUUGUAUUUUUAAAGAAAAAACCAAGCGAAAGGAUGCACGUCUCCCGGGGGAGAAAGAAUUAAGGAUUUUUCUCAGAACCGGGAGAGUGUGUUCCAAGACAAAGAAGUAGAGUACGCUUUAAAUAUUCAGGGAAUCAGUACAGGAUAGCCGAGUAUUGUAGGAUUAGGGCCUUCCCAUACCUAAAAAAAAAAAAAAAAAAAAAAUAGGAAGAAUAAUAAUAAGGAGGAAUUAAGAGGGCGUUUUCUUGGCGAUAAUAGCCUCGUUUUUCUUCACACAUCCCAAUCAGAUGUACAUAUUCCUCGUUUUAAAUUAAUAACUCGUUUCUCCAAAGACGAAUAACCGUUUUAAUAAUCGUAUAACGAAACUCUUUAUCUCUUUCUCUUUCUCUCCGCAUAAUACAUUCUCGAGAAAACGAAUUCAACGAGCCCAUCUUCGUUCCUUCGUUCAUCAUGGCGGCACGUUCUCGUCGCCUCCUCUUUGUAUCACACACGCAACUUUCCAAUUGUUCAAAUUGUUCUUGCGUUCGAUCGAAAAUUUUAUUUUAUUCGGGAUCAUCAUCUUCGUUCGAUUCUCGUCGAUCCUGCCUUCGUUCGAUCCCGAUCCACGCGUGACAAUGUUAUCAUCCUUCUUGGAAUCGCUCUUCUUCACUCACAACCAAUACUCUAGUCCGAUAUAUUCGAUCUCUCUCGCUCGGUCCUCAAUCACUCGACAUCCACUUUACUACUUUCACAUUUUGUAAUUAUUAUUACUCUACUACAAAUUUGUCAUUUUUUUUUUUUUUUCUCAUCAACUGUUUGUUCAUUGUAUUUUGAGAAGAUAAAGAGACCGUGCGUAUUCAUUUUUUUUCUCAUCGAUAGAUGAGAAGGCACGCGUUCGAUUGCAUUUUUCCAAACGGUAUUGAAAGAUGAAUUUCCUGUUUGUACAUACGAGGCAAAAGACUCGUUUUUAUUGUGAGAAAACGAUAAGAUAAUAAAAAUCGACACAAUGACAAUGUUUAUUAUAUUAUAUGUAUUAUCCGAUUGUAUAAAGAUGAACCGAGUUGAACCUUUGGUGUGAGAUUCUGGUAAUUUUCUUUUUUUGUACGACGAGAAUAUUUUUACUAGAAUCGUGCUACAUAUAUAUCGAAAAAUUUCAGUAUUUGUGUAUUAUUCUAUCAUGGAUUCACGCGUCGUAAAAAACAAAACUUUGUCGAAUAACAAUUUGCAUCAUCACGAAGAAUAUACUUUUUUGAUGAAAUUCGAUUUUGCUGGUGACAAAAGCAGAGAUAAAAAAAAAGGGGGGGAAAGGAAGAAAAAUGGGAUAUUCCUUGUUGAUAAUAUGCGCUUUAGGAAACGUGAAUCGCAUAGACAUUCGAAAAAAGAAGCGAAGUAUUUUUUUUUUUUGCAUCAUUUAAUAAUGAAUACUUGUAAGCGCACAGAGUGUGCGUUUACAGGCAAGUGAUAUAUAAUAUAUUGUACGUAAUUGUAUUUAUUUAUUAUUUCGUGCGAACGUUUUUACGCAAACGAAUUAGAAUUAUGUAAAAAAAAAAAAAAAAAAAAA